CUGUAAAAUAAAAAAAUAAUAUUUUUUUUGUGAAAACAGUUUUUCAUCAUUUUCUCCUAUAUUUUCCAGCGAAACCACUUUACUUUAAUCAAUUUCCUAUUUAUCAUCACUAUAUAAAUCAAGGUUUUUCUAGUAUGCUGCUAAGAAGAUCCAGUCGUCUUAUUAAGCCACAUAUUGGGCUAUACUCGACAGUUGUAGAACCAAAACUUAAUGUUGAUGAAUUUAGAACAAUUGAAGAUAAUCCAGUGAAUCAUUCAAAACAGCAUAUUGGUAAAUAUUACAAAAUCGAUGAUGGCUUAAAAAGGAAGCUGUUCAGUCAAGGGGGAUUGCCAAAAAAGUAUGAGAAACAAAUCAAAACAUUUAAUGAAGCUUGUUUAAUGGUUCGACCACAAGCUAUUGAAAUAAUGGAAUAUAUCAAUAGAACUGAUUUCUCAAAACCAGUCGUUAGGUAUUUACUAUAUGGAGAACGAGGAGCUGGAAAGACAAUGACUAUGGCUCAUUUAGCGCAUUAUGGUCAUGAGAAUGGAUUCUGUUUAGUUCACGUUCCUUAUGCACCUGAUUGGUAUAAACGACCUAAAGAAUUCGGCCCGUCAGCAACUCACGAAGGUAUGGUCGAUUUGCCAUUGGAUGCAGCAUCUUGGCUCAUUCAUUUCAAGUCACAAAACAAUGACUUACUCACGAAAAGUGAAGUUGGAAUUUCUAAAACAUAUGAUUGGAGUAAACGUGAACAAACAACGGCUGGUUCUAAAUUGAUUGAACUCGUUGACCAUGGCAUUAAUCGCGCAAAAUAUGCAUCAGACGUUAUUGCGGCUUUAAUGGAUGAAAUAAAGAUUGCAUCAACGGCUGGUAAAAUUAAAACAAUGGUUCUCAUUGAUGGAUAUAAUUCGUUCUUUAAUGAGCAAACGCGAGUAUUUAGUGACACACGAAAGAAACAUCCAGUAACGCCAGAUAAAGUCACACUAACUCAACCAUUCAUUAACAUAACAAAUUUUGACUGGUGUAAUGGAGUUUGUGUCCUUAGCGUUGACAUAUUUGGAAUGCUUGGUUGGGAACGUGAAUCAUAUUUGCCACGAUACUUGCUUGGUAAAGAAGGUUUUGAGCAUUUAGAUCCGUUUGUGCCAAUUAAAAUGGACAAAUAUGACGAAAGGCAAUUCGAUAGCUGUAUUUCAUACUACGUGAAUCGAAAAUGGAUUCAAAAUACAGCACAAGGCUUUGACAAGGAAUUAAAAUUCUUGAGCAAUUCAAAUCCAUAUAAACUCAUGGAACUAUGUAAUUCAGUGUAAAAGAAAUGCUGUAUAGACAUUAAGUAAUAAAGAAAGUAAUAAAUAAUUCUUAUUUGUUGUAAAUCGAUAUUCAGGACUUUUAAUCAAUUCAAUGCUGGUCAAGCAUGCGAAAAAAUGUCAAGGGAAGAAGGCAAAUUUAAUGUCAGGACAUAAACAAGUUUGCACACAGCUUAAUCACUUUCCUAUAAGAGUGAAAAUUUGUUAUUUC